GUUUCAUUCAUUAUUUCAAUCAUUAAUGUUUAUUCAUUUUUGUUUAUGCAAAUAGUUAUAAAAUAGUUGUAUACUUGGAAUGAAUUAAAUUUUUACAGUGUGAAAUAAUUAAAAUAAUUGUAUUUAUUUCUAAUUUAUUCUUAUUAUAUAAAACAAACAAUAAAACAAUAAGCAUAAUAGAUCUAGUUAGAUAAAGUGAACCUGUAUGUAAUAUUGGCAAUUCUGUCGCUAUAUACAUAUAUAUGUGCAAUUAUUACAUGCAUUGUCAUACAAAGUGGGAGAACAUUCAUCAUUAAGUCAUCCCGUAUCGAGGAUAUCAAUCUGUAAACAAUGUACGUAAUGAAUGCAAGAUGAGUGGCAUAAAGAAAAAAGCUAAUCAUUUAGCAGUGUUUAAAAAACGGACGAAAAAUGACGAUAAUGCUGAACUAUCGGAAAUCAUUAUUAUAUCGGCGAGAAAAAGUGGAAAUUUAAACCUCUCAUCGAGAGGAUUAUUUAUGGGUAUCCAUUAUUAUUUAAAAAUGAUAUAUAUAAAUGUUAUUCGAUUCCAUUUGAUAUCAGUUGCAAUCAUAAAUAAGCUACGUGCACGUCUGUUUAUUCAUCAUAUCAAUAUUAUGUGCAAUAUAAUUUAUCAUUUAUAUUAUUUUUUUUGACGUAAUGAUACGAAGUAAAUUGUAUACUUGUUACAUAUAAAAUAUUGUUUUCAUAAAAGAUAUAUAUUUUAUCAAAUACAUAGAUGUACAUCAUAAAAAAAGCAUUAUAUUAGUGAUAAAUGUAUACUUAUUAGCUUAAUGCUUUUUAGUUGCAUUUCAUUUCUUAACUUUGUCAAAAUAAAAAUGAUUGCAUUUUUUAAUUUUCUUUAUUUUUGCACCCAUUUACGAAACGCAUGAUGUCUGAAUCAUAAAACAAAUAGAACACAUAUCACAAUUGAAUUUUAUUGUAAUCGUGAAACUACUUGUUUAUUUUGAUAUAUAAAUAGCUUUGCAUGUUAGAUUGUGAAUAAUGCAAUAGAACAAGCAAUAUUUACAGUAUCAUGCCAAAUUAUAUAAGAAUAUGGAAUAUAAAUGAUUUAACUGAAGAAGAAGUGAGAAAUUUACAUUUUGAACUUGAUUAUGUAAAUGAAAAUGAAAAAUGGUGGGAGCAAGAGCCUCUUAAGAUAUUGGAUUUAAGUCAUAACAGUUUAAAGACAAUCGAACCACAAAUAGAAAAUUUAUCAGAGUUGACUGUGUUACAUUUACAUAAUAAUUUGUUGGAAGAAUUGCCUGCUGAAAUGGGAAAUUUAAAAAAAUUAAAUAUAUUAAAUUUAUCAAAUAAUAAGCUGGAAAAUUUGCCAAGUGAAUUUUAUAAGCUAAAUGAACUGCAUGAACUAAACUUAAAAAAUAAUAGUAUAAAGGAGCUUGAUCCUGCAGUUGGUGACUUCAUAAUGUUGACCAAUCUAGAUUUAUCAUAUAACAAUUUAAUUGAGUUACCGAUUGGAAUGGGAUAUUUAGUACGAUUACUUUCCUUGGAUUUAAGUCAUAAUAUGUUAAGAGAAUUACCACCUGAUUUAACAAAUAUGAGAGCAUUACAAAAGUUAAAUGCAAGUUAUAAUCAAUUGGAAAUGUUGCCACCUCUGGGUGAAUUAAGGAAAAUAGAAACAGUGAUAUUGCAAUCAAACAAAUUAACAACAUUUCCUGAUAUGUCUGGUUGUACACUAUUAAGAAUACUACACUUGGCUGAUAAUAACAUUACUGAAAUUGAUAUGUCUUAUUUAGAAGGUGUAGGACAAUUAAAAAUAUUAACAUUAAGAAAUAAUCAAAUUGAAAUAAUACCAGAAGAAAUAAUAAAACUGGUGUAUCUAGAAAUUUUUGAUUUAUCACACAACAAAUUAACUCUAAUACCAAAAUAUAUUGGUCUAAUGCCUAAUUUAAAACAAUUUGUGAUUGAUGGAAAUGAUAUAAAAAAUGUUAGAACUGAUAUAAUACGAUGCGGUACAGUGCGAAUUUUGAAGCAUAUACGACAGGGUAUUAAAAGUACAAAUACGGAUGUAAAAGAAUAUGUGGUAUCAGAUGCUAGUACAAAUAUUUAUCCAGAUAGAUAUACAAUGCAGAGUACAAAAUUGCUCAGUUUGGCUGGACAAAAUCUUACUGAAUUAUCACAAGAAGUAUUGAAAAAUGCAUGUAAAGCUGAUGUAGGUACAGUGGAUUUAAGUAGAAAUAAGCUAUCUGUUUUACCUGAUGAAUUAUCUAUAAUUGAAAGAAUUGCUGAUUUAAAAUUGACAUCUAAUCAACUAAUACAUAUACCAGAAUGGAUUGGUGAAAAAUACAAGUAUCUACAGAUUUUGGAUUUAAGUAAAAAUCUUUUACAAUCACUUCCUUCUAAUCUUGGCUUGCUUAAAUAUUUACAAGAACUUAACAUUUCAUUUAACAGGUUUAAAGAAAUACCAGAUUCUGUUUAUGACAUAAAUUCCUUAGAAAUAUUGAUAGCAAAUGAUAAUUUAAUUACUGAUAUUGAUGUACCAGCUUUACAAAAAUUACAAAAACUUGCAAUAUUAAAUCUUGCCAAUAAUAAUAUUGGUCUUGUACCACCAGAACUUGGUACUUUGAAAAACUUAAGGAAUUUAUCUUUAUCUGGAAACUGUUUUAAACAACCCAGGCAAGCAAUUCUGGCAAAGUCUACAGAAGAAAUCCUAGCAUAUCUUAGAAAUAGAAUACCUCAAUAAAACUAACAAAACAUCAUGUUGACAAGGUAUAUGCCAAUUAUCUAACGUUAUUGUAAUAGCAAAUUCUUAAAUAAAUUAUUUAAAAUGAACAAUUGAUUAUGUUGUGUUUUAUUUAAUUUUCCUGUAAAGAAUAUACGAACAUGUAGUAAUAUGUUGUAAUUAUAAAAAUAAAUUUUGAAAUUAAUUUUUAAUCAGUUCAUUGACUAAAUAUAGGAUAGAUAUAUCACUUUAUGAAAUUUGGUAUCACAUGUUUUGAAGUACCAAUUGUAUAAAAAAUUGGAGGUUGUGUUAUUGACUAAUUCUCUGUGUCAUUCUCUAUCACAGACGAAGUAUACCUCGUGUAUGAGUAUACAAAAGACAUGAGAUCUUAUG